CCUCUUUCAAGUGUUCCACUAUGGCGAAGGCGUAAACAUUCCGUGCGGCUGGAUCCAGCAGCGGCAACAGUGAGUAAACUCUCCCCGCUCCUACUGACAUCAACAGCCGCUGGAUGACGGUGGAAACUCGGCCAGUGAGAGUUGUGUCACCGGCGAUGAAAAGAGAAGCCAGGAGAGACGCGGGUUGAGAACCGCUGCCGCAGAUUCGACAUAUUUGAUGUCCCAUUUUAACAUGGAAGCAGGACAACACUUUCCUUCAAAAACGACUUAUUUAAAUGUCAUUUCUUCACACUAGGAGCUUCACCGAGCUGGUAGCUGCUUUUUCUUUCAAUCCUUCUUUUUUUGUUGAGUUUUUUUGGUCGUCGCUCCACAAUGCUGACUGGAUCUAAAAGCACGUUUAAAGUGAGGCAAAUGCUCCCAGACAUUAAGGAAAGGAUGCUGAGUCAGAGCGGGAUGAACGCGAGGAGUCGAGAUGUCUUCGGACUACGCUGUCUUCCAGGCGAGUGUGUGCUGCAGAGAGCCGUCAUGGUGAGGAAGAAGCUGACAGCCAGGGAAGGAAGAGGAUGGCUGUCUGGGACGCUCUUCUGUACGCACUUCAGAGUGGCCUUUGUGCCUCAGGACGCGCCCAAGCCGGACGACAAUGCGGACCCCGUUCUGUUAGGAGAUCAUGAUGUCGCUUUGGCCUCCAUAGAGAAGGUUGUGGUUGUGGGCCCCAACAGGACCAAGCUGGUGACCCCCAACUCCUCGCUGAAGUUCACCCCAGAGGAGCUGGUUCUUUACUGCCGCGACCUGCGAGUGAUCUGCUUCCUGUUUGACCGCCUGACCCCUGAUGUGCAGGUCAUAGAGAUGACGCACACCAUCGCCAAAACAUACCAGCCUCUCAAACCAGGGUCGGUUUUGUCUUUCCAGAACGCUGCUCUUGGUAGCGUAGAAAUGAAGCAGUUUCUUAGCAACCGCCGGCGGGACGCCCACAUGAACUGGUACGAGUCGGCCUCGGACUGGGAGCAGGAAGUGGAGCGGUGCGGCGCCACCGGCUGGAGAGUCAGCUCCGUCAACGACCGCUUUGAGAUGUCCACCAGUCUGCCGAGGUUCCUCGUGGUUCCACAGAAGGUUCUAGACACUGAGCUGAAGAAAAGCUUUGCCCACUUCAACGACGGACGCAUCCCUCGUUGGUGCUGGCGACACCCAAGAGGGAGCGACCUCCUGCGAAUGUCCAGCUUCCAGAACAACAUCUACCACGAGAAGGACGACAUCAGGAACCUGGAGCUCAUCCUGUUUGGGUGCCAGUCCUCCUUGUGCGUGGUGGUGGAGCUGGGGGAAGAGCUGCCCUCGCCAGCCGACAUACAGCUGGCACACGGCCGCCUGCGUGCUCUCUGUCUGGGAGAUAUCUCCACGUCCGUGACUGUGCCAGAUGACAAGUGGCUGUCCACCCUGGAAGGAACUCGCUGGUUGGACUACACCAGGUCGUGUCUGAAGAAAGCGUCCGAGGUGGCCUGCCUUCUUCGCAGCGGUCACAUGACUGUGGCGCUGCAAGAGGCGGAGGACCGGGACAUGAGCUGCGUGGUGUCCAGCCUGGUGCAGGUGAUGUGCGACCCCCACUGCAGAACCCAGCGGGGUUUCCAGAACCUGGUGCAGAAGGAGUGGGUGAUGGCGGGCCACCGCUUCUACAGUCGCAUCAACUACCACCGUGACAACGACAAAGAGGAGGCUCCGGUCUUCCUGCUCUUCCUGGACUGCGUGUGGCAGCUGUGGUCGCAGUAUCCCUCUCGAUUCCAGCUGACCGACGACUUCUUGCUGGCCCUGCAUGACAGCACGCACCUGCCUCUCUUCUCCAGCUUCCUGGGCAACUGCCAGCGGGAACGAUGCAGGCGCUCCCAGAACCUAGGCCAGUCCUACACGCCGGUCAACGGCUGGCGAGACCCGCAUCAUUCGGAUUGCACUUCGGAGCCGCCUGACCCGCCCCUUCCUCCAGUGUGGGACUGGUCCCUGCAGUACAGCAAGCAGAGACAAGCUCGCUUCACGCAGCCUGUCCCGGCCACGCUUCCUCUGCGGCCGCUGCUCAACGGAAACCUGAACACCCACCCAGACACACACAGGCUGGCCGACGCCAUCCCCGGAUCCGUCUUCCUCCUCUCCCGAGGCGUCUUCUCCUGUCCUGCCAACCUGCUUCCCUGGCGGUGCGGCGGCGGCAGCAGUUCGGGUGUUUACAGGAAGAGCCACCGCAGGGCGCUGUCCUCAGAGAACGUUCCCGGGCUGGAGAGGCUGCUGAAAGCGUGGUCCCUCACCGAGGCCCCCUCGGUCCUCACUUCCAACUCAGGACUUCAUGGACCACUGGACCCCUAUGAGCCCUUGCUGCCCCUGCUUAUGGGGCCCUGCAUGGGGCUGUGGAGGGAGUGCUACCACCGGGGGGCGCUGCAUGCCCAGGCCUUCUCACACCCCAUCAGCGCCAACCACCCCCACCCCGUGGAGCGACUGGCUCAGGAGGUCCAGCAGCUCAAAGACCAGCUGGCUGAGGCGACGUCCAACACGCAUCCUGACCCGUCCGCCAGGAAGACGACGAACGAGCCCCGACGAGCUGCCAACCUGAACCAGAACACCAACAACGGCACCUUCCUCUUCCCGGCGUCCAGGCCCCAAGGAGUGGGCGUGGCCACCAGAGCGGCAGCCCUGCCUGACUCCCUCAACCACAACACCACCAGGGCGCCUCACACCCCGCCCGCUGCUGCUGCUGCUGCUGCUGCUGCUCCGCCCUCCAGGACCGCCUCCAGAGACAACGGUAACAAACACACCUUCCUCUUUGGGCACGCGUCCGCCACAGAGGCCCGUCCGGGACGCGGGAACCCAAAAGUGGCCAAAAGCAACGGCGCCUCCAUCAGUUCCUGAGCUCAUCCAUUGCGACUAAAUGCGUCCAAAAUGCAAAGUGUUUAUUCUCCUCAGUGGAAAACUCUGUGGGCUGGAAAAAGACUUUUUAAAAAAAAUAUAUUUGCAUGACACAUUUCUGAAGAAGAAGAUGUGUCCUGAUGACCCACAAUGCACUUGAAGGAAUGUCACGUCCCUCUCACAAGAACGGAAGCUUCUAUUUUUAACUCCAAUGGAAAAAAAGACAGGGUGUUAGUCAGGACUGCUGUCUGUGUCGCACUUCAGUGGUACUUAAGUAGGACACCUCAUUAGGAACACCUGCGCAAUGCCGACACUGUAGACCAGGUCUGUCCAAAGUCCCAUCUGGGUGACGUAUUCGAACCACUAAAUUAAGCACGGCCUCACUUGCUUUGUCACCUUAUAACACAAAACUGCUGCUUUAGCUUCAAAUAUUUUUAACUACGUCGCAUGGUUUCUUCCAAGUUGAACUGCCUUUAGCGUGGAAUGUCGUCGUUAUACCUUCUUCCCUCAGUAGGAAGGUUUGGCCACGCCUGCUGUAGACAAACGACAUCAAACGUUGGCUUUUGUACGCUCCACUUUUUGUGUGAUUCGAUUUUUGUCAAAAGUCUUCCUUAAAGUUUGCCUGUUUUUGUACACUAUUGCACGUAACAAAUUUUGUCCCGUUUUUCAUUUCAUUCAUUUUUUUCUUAAAAAUGUUUGUAAAAUUUUGCCUUGGCCGUAUGAUUCUCUUUUCAUCAAAAAUUCCUGUAAAAUUUUGCCUGGCUUUUGUACACUGUCUCUGUUUUCAUACUAUAUUGCACGUAACAAAUUUUGGCCUGCUUUUUAUUUCAUUCAUUUUUUUAUUGAAGAUUUUUGUCAGAUUUGACCUUGGCCGUUAGAGUCACUUUUCAUCAAAAAUUCCUGUAAAAUUUUGCCAGGCUUUUGUACAGGCUCUCCAUUUUCGUACAAUAUUGCACAUAACAAAUUUUGUCCAGCUUUUCAUUCCAUUCUUUUUUUUCUUGAAAAUUUUGCCUAGGUCGUAUGAUUCACUUUUCAUGAAAAAUUCCCGUAAAAUUUUGCUGGGCUUUUGUACACUAUCUCCGUUUUCGUACAAUACUGCACGUAACAACUUUGUUUGUAAAAUUUUGCCUCGGCCGUAUGAUUCAGUGUUGACUACAGUCAAACCUUGGUUUUUAUAUGUCCCACUUUUUGUGCGAUUCAGGGUUUGGCAACAAUUUUUUCUACUGGCUGGAGCUCAGUAGGCGUUUUCCUCAAGCUGUCAUUGGUCUUUGCAGGUGUACCUAAUGAAGUGUAGCUGCUCAUUAUUUCAGUAUUUUAAAAAAAUCAAAUAAAAAGCACUUUGACAUUUUAUGCAGAGUGGGAGGCGUGUAUGACGUCUGGUUCUUGCCUGCGGGGCGUGACCGGUGGCCUUCGUGUGGAAUUUAGGGCAUGAGAGUUAUUUUGGUAUUCUGCUCUCAUACGAGCCCACCCUCCCACACGCAUGCAUGCAUGCAUGCAUACGUGCGUCCUUACCCACGUUCAGCAUUUCAGCCCUUUUUAAACUCAUCUUUUACCUAAACUAUUGAUGGAUGUCAUUGAGUGAUCUGGGACCAAAUGUGUUAUUUUGAAAAAGGUGUUCAUAUUGCGUGUGUGGCUGGUGAUGUGUGGGAUAUGAAUUGUAUGUUAAAAGCACAAAGGGAAGCGUAAAUGCAUGUUUUUCUACAUCUUUGCAAACUGAGAGGUACCUCACGUGAUUUUUAUUUUUUUUGCAUUAAUAAGACACCUGAUUUUCUUGGUACAAAUUUUAGAAAUGUUUUUUUUUUUUGUAUUGCCAUGUCUUUGUCCUGAUAAUAAAACCAGCAAAAAAAAUAACAGAAAACACCCACUCCCAAACAUGUUGCACACACCUUUAUUUUUUUUUAAACAAAAUAAAUAUGAUCUGGAACACCUAAAAAGGUAGCAUGGCACUGUACACAGCAGCGUUUUUAAAAUGUAAAAACUCUUCCAUCCCGGACAUCGGGACCGAAACGUGCAAAAUGCUUCCACAGAAAAUGGAACAAAGUGAGACCUCGCCACACGGGUGCAUCUUUAAGACAUUCUUGUUCAUUAAAAGCAAAACGAGUAGAAAGGCUGUUGAUGAAACGGAUGAUGAUAUGACCGCCAUGUUGGCUGCCGCGUGUUUAGCGUUUGUUGACAAGCAUUUGGCACUUUGCAGACGCGCUGUCAUCUUCCAGACAGCAAGUCCCCCAGCCGUCACUCCCACCAGCCCCCAUGCUGGACGCUGUAGGGCCCGUAGAAGAAUCCGGAGGACGACGACGACGGGCCCAAGCCUCCCAGCUGGCACAUGGACUUACACAUGGGGCACGGGUAGUCUGAGAGGCCCUCGAUGUCCUCGAAGGCCAGGUUGACGAUGUGGUCGCAGCAGGGGUCGCAGUAGAGGUGGCCGCACGACAGGCGCUUGAGGCGGGCCUCGUAGGAGAUGCAGCACUGGCAGUGAGGCAGGUCCGGACCCAGGGACAAGGAGCCCGUCAGGGAGCUGCUGUCCAGGCUGCCUGCCUGGCUGGAGCUCAGCUUGGCAGGAGACCUGCGAGAGACGAGGAGACAUGGAGGAGGUCAGUCACAUUUGAGCGUUUGGGUGCUAGGAAAUUGCAUUGGGUUCAACCCCAGCGUAAGCCAAGUCUUCUUCUCCUGCACCGCUGCACACAAAAGGGUGAAAAUGCCCCUGGCCAUGUGUGUGCUAUUAUUUUUCUGACAAACACACCACAUGGUGGCGCUGUUACUACAGUCGCCCAUCGUGGUUCGAAUUUCGCAGUAUCACGGUUUUCAAAAAUAUAUAUAAUCAUGCUGUUUUGUGCUUGAAUACAGCCUAUUAGUCAAAAAUACACGUUUAAGCAAAUUUUACGUAUAUGUUUGGCCUAAAUAAAGAAUAUUCAAGCAUCAAAAUAACGAAGUAAAAUACAAAAAGACAUUGAAAGACGUUGCCACAUGAGUGCAAGUCAUAUCUUACAUGGCUUACAUUCUCUGAUUAUAUCUACUAUGAGCAAUAGCAGUGUAAAAGGUGACUAUAGGGGUGUUAUUGUAUGUCUGGACAGCUCUAUUAAAAAAUGUUAAAAAAAAGAUCUUCAAAAACAAAUGUAGAAGGUUGUAAAUAGGUUUUCUAAGCGCCAACUACAAAAAUAUUACAAUAUUAAGCUGCAUUUGUCAAAAUUGUCACCCAGCCGUGGGUCUGGCCGGAGAGUGGACAAGGGUGGCCACGGCCGCCCCGUAGCGCCGCCACUGGCUUUAGCUACACAAAUAUUGUUUGUGUAGAACACGUGUCAAAG